GCUCGUAUUGAGGAACUGGAGGAGGAAAUUGAGGCAGAGCGCACCUCUCGGGCAAAAGCUGAGAAGCAUCGGGCUGACCUGUCGAGAGAGCUAGAGGAGAUCAGUGAGCGCCUGGAAGAAGCAGGAGGGGCUACUGCAGCUCAGAUUGAGAUGAAACAGAAGCGUGAGGCAGAAUUUCAGAAGAUGCGUCGUGACCUCGAAGAAGCCACACUGCAGCAUGAAGCCACGGCUGCCGCGCUGCGGAAGAAGCAUGCGGACAGCACGGCUGAGCUCGGGGAGCAGAUCGACAACCUGCAACGAGUGAAGCAGAAGCUGGAGAAGGAGAAGAGUGAGCUGAAGAUGGAGAUUGACGACUUGGCCAGUAACAUGGAGUCUGUCUCCAAAGCCAAGGCAAACCUGGAGAAGAUGUGUCGUACUCUAGAAGACCAACUAAGUGAGAUUAAGACAAAAGAAGAGGAGCAUCAGCGCAUGAUCAAUGACCUCAAUACUCAAAGAGCUCGUCUGCAGACCGAAGCAGGUGAAUAUUCACGACAGGUGGAAGAAAAAGAUGCUUUGAUAUCUCAGCUUUCCCGAGGCAAACAGGCAUUUACUCAACAGAUUGAGGAACUUAAGAGACAUUUAGAAGAAGAAAUAAAGGCCAAGAGUGCCCUGGCC